UACCCACAAAAUUUGCAUAUGUAAAACUUCCAGAUAACUAGAACAUUUUCUUGCUCAGAUCAACUCAAGAGCCUACGCAAAGCUCGGCUCAUUGAGAGCGUAAAUGUAGAUUGGGAAAAGCUUCUGUCCGAGCUCGCAAAGUAACGCAACGCCUGUCAACAUGAAUACAAGCACUUUGCUCUGUCUCGCAAUCUGUGGCUUUAUGCUGAUCAACUACAGUUCAUCGUUGCCGGCCUGCGAUCGUGUUCACCCGGAGCGGAUGAAGGAUUGCCAGAUUUUAGUGCGUCGGUGGUAUGAGCUCAAAGAUCAAUACUUUAAAAAGUGCUGUGAGGAGAGUAAAGCGACCGGUUGUCCCGACUGUGAAGCAGCCGCUAAACGUGAUGCAACCGCAAAAAUUAAGGCCGAAAAGAAGGCAGCAAGAGAUGCGGAAAAAUUGAAAACCAAAAACGUGGAUGCAAUUGUGCCAGUUUCUAUUGACGAUCGCAUUGCCUUGGGCUUUGGUAAUCGCCGAACCAAUGUCUUCAGAAAUACCAGACAUUAAGAGAAUUUAAAACUCGAUUAACUUUAAGAACUUCAACGUGAAGUGGAAAAUAUUGUAUUGAGAAACAGGUUUAUAUUCAUUAUCAAUAUAACACAUUAUUUUUAAAUUUAA